AUGGCAACAUGGGAAGACUUGGAGAAUGACACCAGUUUUAAAGACUCAGAUCAAGAGGCUCAACUAUGCUUGAUGGCUGAUCACGAUGAUGAAGAUGAGGUAGAUCUCUCUGACCUAUCUAUUGAUGAAUUGCACUACAUUAUCAAAGACAUUACUAUGAAUUCUAAGAAACUCUUAGAUAAGUAUGUUAAAUACAAGAAAGAUAAUGAGGCAUUGAGAGCUGAAAAUAAUUUUCUAUUGGAAAAGGUUAAGGCAACCGAAGCUUGUGAUGAAAAUUCUUUAAAAGAAGAAAACAGUGUUUUAAGAGCUGAAUUAAACAAAUUCAAACUCAAGCAUAUGGUCACUGCCUCUACUGAUUUGAUUGCUGAAAAUAAAAAGCUGAAUGAACAAAUUAAAAACCUGAAUGAAAACUUAGCAAAAUUUGUUCAAGGUUCCCAAAAUGUUGAUAAAUUACUUGCUUGUCAAAGAUUUUGUGGUGAAAAACCUGGACUUGGAUUCAAAGAGGAAACCAAUCAAGAAGAAUUCACAUCAAAGGAUCCAAAUGGAUUUGGAUACCUAAAGUUAGUUGAAGAACAUGCAGGUUUGCCUUACAUCCAAGGAGAAAUUGGACAUAAGAACUCAAAGUCUUGCUGUAAGUGCUUUAUAUUGAAUAUCAAAGAAAAUUUGGGAAAAUUUGAUCCUAAAACACAUGAAGGCAUUUUUCUUGGUUAUUCCACUGAUAGCAAAGCUUAUAGAUUAUAUAAUAAGAACUCUAAAACUGUUAAGGAGACCAUGCAUGUCACAUUCUAUGAAUCUAACUCUGUUCCUAGCGUUUGCAUUGAUGAUAGCCCAGGUUUUGAAGCUAAAUUGCCCAAGAUCACUAAGUCAGUUACUCAAAAUUCGAGUUCCCAAGAAAUUACACCUGCUGGCAGUGAAAAUAUCAAUUCUAUAGGAGACAAUUUGGAAUUAUCUCCUAUUGCAGCAGAAAAUACUGAUGCAAAGGCCAUUGUUGAUCAGGAGGAACCUGAAUCCUUAACUCAAACCAGAAGGCCUAGGGAAUGGAAAUUUCUGAUAAAUUAUCCUGAAGAAUUCAUUAUAGGUGAUCCCUCCAAAGGAAUAUCUCCUAGAUCAUCUUUGAAAAAAGCUGAAUCCAACAACUUAGCUCUUAUAUCAAAGAUUGAACCUCAAAAUAUCUAA